AUGGGAUACCAGCGACUCGGCCGAGAACAUGCGGAAGAACGCACCAAGGCAAAGACUGUUGGUUUUCAAGUAAGGGUAAAGAGAACCAAAGCUGUAACCGUGAACAUUUCGAGGGGGAUGCAGGGAAAUAAGUCAAAAUUGUCGACAAUUGAUGGUAAAGGUGGGGCAAACCAUCCAGUUUUGAGCAAUUUUGUUGGGAAAGGAAGGAGGAAGGUGACUUCCAGGCCCGAAAUUUUCAGGUAUUUGGAGUAUAUGAAGGAGAGUGGAAGGUGGGAGCCUGGCUCUGAGAGGCCUGUAAUAUAUUUUCCUUAG